AUGACUGCUAAGUGUCUGAGUGUCCCACCGACGACAUCAAUCGCUCUACAAAUCUCUGUGUCUAAGGACCUAUUCGCUGGCAAGCUGUCAGAUCCUGAUGAGCGUCUGUGGUGCUAUAAUAAAGAUUUGAGCAGUAAAGAGCUGAGUGACAGCAGGAGCCCAGUGCCUUUCCCUGUCUUCUUGCCAGUCAACUACGAUGUGCGAGAUGCUGACUACCUCUUCCUAAAGGAGGCUGGCCAGGACUUUAUGAGGAACUCCAGCAUGCAGAGUCACACGCAGCCCUUUGUUAUCUUAAGAGCCAGCCGCCAGCCAGCUGUCAACGCCAGCUACGGCACCAUGUCCACAGAGCAGCUUGUGCCUCUAGAUCUGGUCCAGUCUGUGCAGCUCUUCAACGCGCCGGAGGUCUUCAAUUUUAACUGGAAAAUCCAGGCCUUUGUGCUGACAACUCGGGUUUUCUCCUCCAAGCCCAAAGUGCGGGUGCUCUUCUAUGUUGCAGGGAGGGAUUGGGGCAGGGGGGAAGGAGCUGUGGAUGAGCUACCAUGUGUGACAGUGUAUGCUUUCUGGCAGACCCAGGAGGUGAGGGGUUCCUGUGCCAUGGGAGGCGAGAGGGGAACCUGCAUAGCUGAGCUGGUUCCUGCGCCUGGCUGGUUUGCCCCAGGGUCAGAGGGCACCAGCAGGGAGAGGCAGGACCCGUCCGCUGGGAACCCUGUGGAGCUGUACUACCAGGCUCAGCCUAAAGUCAAUGGGAAGUGUAACUCUGUGGAUGGAAGUCGUUGGAGUGGCUCACAGCAGCAGGCUGAGUAUGUUCCUCUCACUCCCAUGCAGAGGAUUGGCAGUGUGCGUCUUCUGCAGGUGCCUAAAGGAAUGGCGACACUUUCUCGACUCAAGCUUGGCAAUGCCAUUGUCAUACGGACAUCCUCCAAACCGCUGAAGAAGACUGAUAUCGCCACGUUCUACGUGCUCAUGGCCAGCUCUGCUCAGCUGACCAACUUCACUCUCAGAGCGACAGUUAAGAAGGGUGUGACCUUUCGAACAGCGACACCCAGUAACUCUCUACUGUGGGACAUCACUCUGGAUAUGGGUGCAGAUGGAGCCAUCGCUGUUAUUUGUCAGAGGAAGGCUCCCAUACCUGGAAAAAGGCAAGCUCUGCUGGAAGUGCUUCAGAUGGAUUUUGAGGUUGAGGAGCUGAGCAGUCCCCUCGAUAGUCAGGUGAUCAUAUGGAAGCUGGAGCUGCCGACAGCAUCCAGAAAUGUGGCCAAGACUGAAGGAGCCAUGAGGAUCUAUACCACACAGAGAGACUUUGUUGGCCUGGCUCCUCUUGUAAUGGACACAGAGAUCCUGAACACAGCCGUACUGACUGGAAAGAAGGUGGUGAUGCCUCUGAGGAUAGUAGCUGUGGAGGAAGAUGGAGUAGUCACCGAUGUAUCUGACUACACAGACUGUAGCUCCACUGAUGAAGAUGUUCUCAAGGUGUCAGACAGGUGCGACUAUGUUUUUGUGAACGGCAAAGAGACAAAGGGCAAAGUGAAGAUGAUGGUGAACUUCACCUACAGCUACCUGAGUGCUCAGCUGGAACUGAACGUGUGGAUGCCCCAACUCCCCCUCCUCAUUGAGGUAUCGGACACAGAGCUGAGCCAGAUCAAAAGCUGGAGGGUCCCAAUACUAACCUCAAAAAGACCCGGCUGGAACAGUGAAGAGGAUGACAGGAAGGGGAAGGGCUGCAUGCUGCAGUUUCAGCAUGCCCUGGUGCGGGUGCUAACUCACUUCGUGGCAGAGCAGGCGGACCCUCGCGAUCCUAAGGCCUAUUUCCUGGGCUCUGAUUGGCAGGUGGAUGUCACAAGGCUGGUUCGAUACUUCAUGAAGGUGGAAGACCCUCGAGUGGCAAGGCUGCAGGCAGGAAGAGUGCUGUCUGGACGGGACCUUGGGACCACCACCAUCCAGGUGUUUUCUCCACUGUCUGAUGCAAUCUUGGCUAAGACAACUAUCAAAGUUGUGGAUGACAAAGUGACCAUCACAGAGUUAGGCGUCCAGCUGGUUGCAGGCCUCUCCAUGACUUUACAGCUGAGUCCAGGGAGCAACAGAGCCAUCUUGGCUACCACAACCACACAAGAGGUUCUACAGAGCCCCAAACAGGAAGCUUUGGUCAGUGCCUGGGUGCAGUUCAGUGAUGGCAGCCAGACGCCCCUUGAUAUCUAUGAUCCUGCUUACUAUAGAGUGACGGUGACAUCUCUAGAUCAGGGGGUGGUGUCGGUGCAGGGCACGCCUCCAGCUGUGGUGGCAGAGGGAGAGGGCGAGGGAGUUCUGGUCAGAGUCGAGAUGUCUAUAUGUGAGGCCUGCCAGAAGUCCAAACGAAAAAGCACUGUAGCUGUGGGCAACGGCAGCCUCAAGAUCAAGUUUCAGGUGAGUAGCCGACGGCCAGACGGCAAUACCAGCAGCCUCAACAGUAGCACUGUUAGCAGCAAGGACAACGGCAGUGACUAUGGGAACGACGGGGAAGAGGUGGACAGUGAGAGGAACAGGGCAUACGGCUCAGACAACAUGAUAGUGGAGGAUAUGAGCAGUGUUAGCUUUACUAGCACUGUGAAAGCCCCUGGGAACCUGGUAAACUACAACAACUUCCCCACCAAGGUGGAGGAACCUGGGCAGGACACAGCAGAGAUAGAAAUCGGUGGAGAAGAGAUGAUGGCCAACAGGCCUCUCACAGACUUGGAGAUCGGCAUGUACGCUCUCUUGGGAGUCUUUUGCCUCGCCAUCCUGGUGUUUCUCGUAAACUGUAUCUCAUAUGUUGUGAAGUUCAGGCACAAGAAGCCUCCAUCUCACGGCCAGGAGCCCACAGGGCACAGGCAUGACUGGGUAUGGCUUGGCACAGAUGCUGAGCUGGUGAUGAGCGUGCCGGGCAGCCCUGUCCAGCAAGACUCCCAGACUACAACCACCGUGAUAGACAUUGGGCCUGAUAAGAGCGCCUCUCUGUCCAGGAGGCCCAGUUGUUUGGCGUCUGUGACAGACUCUCCCCUCAGCUGCGUGGGCUCCCUCAGGAGCAAACCUAUGCACACUGAGUCCCUCCACUCACCCACCAGCAAGAGAAAGAGAGUGCAGUUCACCACCUUCUCCACACUGGAACGCCAGCAUUCACCACAUCUCCCGCCCAGGGAGAAUGGCCAUGGCAUCCACUGGGUUGGGAAGGAGGACAGUUGUGAGGAGGAACCCCAAGUGCCCAUCACAGAACCUGGGGACCACUUAUAA